ACAAACAUGCCCACCUCCCUCCCCAACCGCCCGAAAUCCCGCCCUACGGCAUCCUGCCUCCCCUGCCGAACCCGAAAAGUCAAGGUAAAUAGAUCCCCUCCCCUCCAAUCCCAUCCCAUCCCAUCCCAUCCCAUCCCAUCUAAUCAAUCCCCCUCUUCCCGGGGGAGAUGCAACCAGUGCAACCGCCUCCAACCCUGCGAAACAUGCAAUGCGCGGAACAUCGCGCACGAAUGUAAAUACGCCGUGCCGGAUGAAGACAGGCAGGCGAUUGCGCAAGCGGAGAUGAUAGCUGAGUUGAGGGCGGAGGUGAAUCGGCUACGACAGCAGAUUAGCGAUCAUGAAUAUGAUCAUGAACAUAAUGUAAAUCAUGAGGAAUCAAUCAUGGGGGGUGAGGGUAAUGUGUUAGAGGACGGGGGUUUACUGAUUGAGAGAUUGGAAAAUGGGGAGAGUUUGGGAGAAGAGGAUGAUGAUGAUGAGUUGGGGAGAGUGUAUCGGAUUCUGAAGGAUGGGGAGUGGGAGAAGGUGAGGGAGGUGGUGGGGAGGAUUAGGGGGGAUAUUAUUACUACGACUACUACUACUACUAUUUCUGUUUGA